AUGACGAAUUUGGAGACCAAUCUUGCUCUUCAGCUUCCGCUAAUCGAUUUCACAAGCCGAGAUCUAAAACUGGGAACUAUCGAGUGGGAUUCGGUAAGAGGCGAUGUGCGGAAAGCUUUCGAAGAGUACGGAUGCUUCGAGGUUUUGUUCGAUAAAGUCACUGUCGAGCUUCGAAAUGCGGUUUUCGAGGCCUCCGAGGAGUUUUUCCGGUUACCAUUAGAGACAAAACAGAAAAUUGUGUCUGAUGUAAAGUACAAAGGAUAUGUAGGUCAAAAUCCUACAAAUCCUCUGUACGAAGGUGUAGGUAUUGACGUUGCAGACAAUUCAGAUAAAGUCAAUGAAUUCACUCAGAAGCUUUGGCCUCAAGGAAACAUGAGUUUCAGCGAGACGGUUCUAUCGUUUACCGAGCACGUAUCAGAACUGGACUAUAAGAUCCGGAGAAUGGUAAUGGAGAGUUUUGGCCUCGACGAAACCUACAUAGAGAAACAUCUGAAAUCGACGAAAUGCCUUAUGCGGAUGAUGAAAUACAACGGAGUUGAUAAAACAGAAGAGAAAGAGUUAGGCAUGGAGGCUCAUGCAGAUAGAAAUGUACUCGCCAUAAUUUGUCAGAACCAUGUAAGAGACGGAAUCGAGGUGAAAAGUAAAGACGAUAGGCACUGGAUCAAAGCUAAUCCUUCCCAAGAUUCUUCAUUCCUCGUCAUCGGCGGAAGUAUUCUACAUGUACAAUUGAACGGUCGAGUGCGAGCUGCAGUUCACCGUGUGAUAAGGAUGGGGACCAAAACAAGGUACUCAGCUGGACUUUUCUCUAUGCCGAACACCGAUGAAUUGAUAUAUGCACCGGAGAAUAUGGUUAAUGCCGACCUCGCCUCUUUAAGCCCUUCGAUUUUGAAGCAUACUAUAAGUUCACUUCCGAGGGACCCGGAAGGAGAGAUCUAUCUGGUCUUAGGACUUACUGUGGCCUCUAAAAUAACAAAACUUUGUUUUUUUAAUGUUUCCAUGUAA